AUGAAGGCAAUCCAAGUCAAAGAAUAUGUCAAGUCCCCCCUUGACCUCACCGUCACGGAGCUGCCCACCCCGACAGCAUCACCCGACAAAUAUCUGAUCCGCAUCCACUCUGCCGGCACCAACUUCUUCGACAUACUCCAGAUCCAAGGCAAAUACCAGCACCAGCCGCCUCUGCCGUGGAUUGCAGGGGCCGAGUUUUCAGGCGUGGUGCUUGCCGUGCCAACAGCGCCCGGGGCAACCAGUACUAGUAACACUACUAAUAAAGCAGGAACGACGACGACGACGACCAAGUUCAAAGUAGGCGAUCUUGUCUUUGGAGCCUCGCAGGGGUCCUUCGCCACCCAUGUUCUUUGCCCCGAGGAAUCUCUCCUCCCGUUACCUCGCGGAUGGAGUCAUGAAGACGCCGCGGGUUUAUUCAUCACAGCACCCACUGCGUACGCCGGGCUAGUGCAUCGCGCUCACCUCAAGCAGGGCGACUGGGUGCUCGUGCACGCUGCGGCGGGGGGUGUCGGGCUGGCAGCCGUGCAGAUUGCGAAGGCGAUGGGCGCAACCGUCAUCGCCACGGCGGGGACGGCGCGCAAACGAGAGAUCGCAGCUAGCUUCGGCGCAGAUUAUACCCUCGACUAUACUGAGAAAGCGUGGCCUGAGGAAGUGAAGAAGUUGUGUCGCGCCCAUCGGGGGAGGAAUGGUGCCGCGGGCGUGGAUGUCGUCUACGACCCUGUCGGGUGUAUUGAGGCGAGUCUCAAGUGUGUCGCGUGGAAUGCGCGUCUGCUUGUUAUUGGCUUUGCGGGGGGGGAUAUCGAGAAGGUCGCGCUGAAUCGGGUGCUUCUUAAGAAUGUUAGUAUCGUCGGUCUGCACUGGGGUCAGUAUGCUCGCUUCGAGACAAAGACCGUUCUUGACGUCUGGCAAGGGAUCUUUGACCUUGUCGAGAGGGGGGGGUUCAGGGGCACCGCCUUCCAGGAUGAGAGCUUCGUCGGCUUGGACAGCGUCGGCAGGGCCCUCCAGGCGCUUGGGAGUAGGGGGACAUGGGGGAAAGUCGUGGUGAGAGUUGAUGAGCCUAUGAGUAAGUUGUAA